AUGACGCACGUUCAAUUAUCAGUCGAAGAAUACAUCAGUAAUUUUGCAAUCGACGAUAAUGGUAUUCAAGAAUCACUUGCAUUAAAUUUGAAUUUAUCAGAUGAAUGUCAUGCAGCACCUGUCAAUAAUACCUCGCUUUCACGUGAUUCGAUAGAUUUCAUCGAUAAAAAUACAUAUGUAAAAUCAAAAUCCACUUCUAUUCCAUUAUCUAAAUCAGUUGGUGUUACCAUACCAAAACAAUCCCUAAAUUCAUUGCAUCAAAUUGAUAUUGUUCAUGAUCUUGAAUUAAGUUAUAAACCACGAUAUAAAAGUGAUUAUUUUUCUCAAGAUGGAACGAUUCGAAAACCUCGAUAUGUGGCUGAUCGAAUUGGCAACCAUUUUGUUACCAUCAAUGUAGUACCUGGUGUUAAAGGUUUCAUUCGAGUCGAUUGGGUAACCAUUCCAACUGAAGAAAAUAUUCGAUAUUCUAUGCCUUACAAAUUUCAAAGAAGCAAUGAAUUACCUAACGUAGCUGAUAGUAAUCCAAUUUAUAUACAGAUUGAAGCUAAUAAUUCAGGAAUAAUGCAACUCUACUUAGUAUUAAUCAAAGCAAAACAAGAUGAGUUGAAAUCACUUCAACCACUCAAACCAUUUCCAGAUACUUCUGGUAUAUCAAAUAAAAAUGAUUUGAAACAAAUGUUUCGAUUAAAUCCAAAACAAUUAAUUCAAGAUUAUCAGUUAGAUAAAUCUCAAUUAGCAUUUACAUUUUCUACUUUAAGUCCAGAUGAAAAAUCAUAUAUACCUGAAUGGAAUACAACUGUCUAUUCAACAGUUCUUACAGGUAAAUAA